UGCUGCGUCGUGAGCGAGUGAAAGGCUGCCUUUUUGCUUUUUUCACGAAUAAAAACACUGCAAAAUCAAAUGAAAUAGAUAAAGUUAACUAGUAUUAAGUGAAUAAGCCACCAUGUACAUCAAAUCGAUAGUACUGGACGGUUUCAAGUCAUAUGGAAAGAGAAUUGAAGUGAAUGGUUUCGACAAGGAGUUCAACGCUAUUACCGGACUGAACGGCAGUGGAAAGUCUAAUAUUCUUGAUGCAAUAUGUUUUGUUUUGGGAAUCACGGCUCUUGGAUCGGUGCGUGCUACCUCCCUCCAAGAGCUCGUCUACAAAUCCGGCCAGGCCGGGGUGAAAAAGGCGACAGUAACUGUGACCUUCGACAACCGCGACCGCGGUGCGUCCCCUCUGGGUUACGAGCACUACGAGGAGAUCGCUGUCACCCGCCAGGUGGUGAUUGACGGUAAGAACAAGUACCUGAUAAACGGCACACUAGUCCCCAACAAGCGCGUCCACGACCUGUUCUGCUCGGUCCAACUGAAUGUCAACAAUCCCCACUUCCUCAUCAUGCAGGGGCGUAUCACCAAAGUCCUCAACAUGAAGCCCCUCGAGAUCCUGUCCAUGAUCGAGGAGGCUGCUGGCACCCGAAUGUACGAAGAGAAGAAAGAAGCCGCUAUGAAGACCAUCGACAAGAAGAACGAGAAACUCAAGCAGAUCAACGACAUCCUCCAAGAGGAGAUCGGUCCCAAGCUUCGAAAACUCAAAGCAGAACGCGAGCAAUUCGCAGAGUAUCAGAGAGUCGAGAGAGAGCUCGAACACUGUCGCAAGAUCGUCCUCGCCUGGAAGUACGUCUCCGCCUUGAAGAGCUCCCAGGAAGCCGAGACGAGUGUCUCAGAAGCCCAGGCCAAAGUCCAAACGAUAAAAACGACGAUUAAAGAUGGAGAAGCAGAAGUCGCAGAUAUUGAAACAAAAAUCGAAGAGAUGACAGCCAAGAACCAAGCAGAGAAAGGAGAACGUCUUGAGGCCCUGGAGCAAGAGCUGAAGGAACUCGAGACGAAAGAAAGUAAAUUAACAGCCGAAGCCAACAGCAACAAGGAAAGCAUAAAAGCGGAGAAGAAGAUAAUCGAGCAGCUCAAGAAGAACUUGAAUGAGGACAACAAAGCCUUGGAGCAGAAAAACCAAGAGCUUCAGCAAGUCGGAGGAUUGUUCCAACAGCUUCGAGAACAGGACGAGAGGGAUAACGCAGCUGUGACAGCUGCUCAACAGAGGCUCCAAAAGAUUUCAGCUGGACUUCUUGAGAGCGCGGACGGGGAGAAUGCCACCCUGGAGCAGCAGUUGAUCAACGCGAAGAAGAAUGCCAUUGCAGCCCAGACGGAGAUCACGCAGUGUCAGAUGGGCUUAGCCCAUUCUAAAGAACAACUGAGUAAAAAGGAGAAGGAAAUCAAAAACAAUGAUGUUGAUUAUCAGAGGGAUAGCAAAGAUCUGGCGAACAAAGAACAGCAAUUGAAGAGUCUUGAGAAGGGACUGUCGAGGAUCGACUACGACGAACAAGCUUCUCAAGUCCUGAAGGAGCAGAAACGAACCCUCGAGGGGGAGAUAGCACAGCUCCAGGGGAAGAUCGACGAGAUCGAGAGUAGAUACCCCAAUUUGACAUUCCAGUACACCCCACCGAGCCAGAACUUCGACAAGAACUCGGUAAAAGGUCCUGUCUGCACGCUGAUGAGUCUGAAGGAGAAGAAUGCAGCUUAUGCUCUGGACGUAGCUGCUGGUGGCCGUCUCUAUAACAUUGUUGUUGAUAACGAAAAGACGUCGAAGGCUCUUCUGCAGCAUGGACAGCUGAAGCAGAGGGCGACGAUCAUCCCCUUGAAUAAAAUUACAGGAAGAGCGAUGGAUGAUAAGACUAUUAACUAUGCUGAGAGGCUAGUGGGGAAUGAGAACGUCAGGCCAGCUUUAUCCCUGAUUGAUUUUCCUGAGAUGGCUAGACCUGCUAUGACCUGGAUUUAUGGGCAGACCCUAAUCUGCAAGGACAUGCAGGUCGCUAGGACAGUCGCCUUCAACAGCAAAAUCAACAGGAAGUGUGUGACUCUGGAGGGAGAUGUUGUGGAUCCUGCUGGAACGCUGAGUGGAGGAGCUCAGGCUAGGGGAGGAUCUGUCCUAGAACAGAUUGAUAAGUUAAAAUCAUAUCAGCAGCAGUUGUCUCAGAAGCAGGCAGAGUACGAAGGCAUUAAACAACAGCUGAAUAAAUUAUCACAGCUCGAGGAGAAAUACAGGAAUGUUAAGCAACAGUUUGAUAUCAAAACGCAUGAGGUCAACAUGAUAAGACAACGGUUGCAGCAGACGUCUCAUCACCAGGUGCAGGAAGAGAUCAAUACUCUUCGUCAGAAAAUCCAUGAGUUUAACGACAAGAUGGAAACUGCUAAAAAAGUCGAGAAGGAGAACUCCAAGAGGGCAAAUGAUUUGGAGGGACAGCUGAAGGAUUCAGCGAAAAUUCGUGAGAAGCAGCAUAAGGACGCUGAGAACCAGCUGAAGGUCCUCCAGAAGAAGGCAGAUAGUUCGAGAAAAGAGUGGGAAAAGCAUGAGCAAGCUUCAGAGACUUUAAAUCUGGAGAUUAAGGAGCUGGAGAAGACUAUUGAGAAUGGACGGGAGCAGCUGGCGAAGGCUGACCAGAAGCUCGCUGCACUUGAAGAAAAAUCCUUGGAGUAUUCGGAGAGAUUGAAAGAGUCCGAAGGUGUUGUCUCUCAGCUUCAGGAUCAGAUAAAGACUCAGAAGACCAUAAUAAAUCAACAGAACAAGGAGAUCCAGAAACUUCACUCCAAGAAGGAAGACAUUUUGAAGAGAAACAGUGAUCUGGAGCUGGAGAUUAAGAAGCUUGACCAUGAGAUCAAUGCGAUAAAGACGAAUGCUGCCCAGUGCAAGAGUAAAGUCAAUGAUCUUCUGAAAGAAUAUGCCUGGAUUGCGAAUGAGAAACAGUAUUUUGGCCAGGAGGGGACUGUCUACGAUUUCAAUGUGAAUGAACCGAAUUCGAUGGCCCAGAAGAUGUCACAGUUGGAGAGAAGGAGGACUGACUUGAGCAGAAAUGUCAACAGCAGAGCAAUGAGCCUCCUGAGUAAGGAAGAAGAGAGGUACGAUGAGACAACGAAAAGGAAGAAGAUUGUGGAGGCUGACAAGAAAAAGAUCUUGGAGACAGUAAAGCAUCUGGAGGAUAAGAAGAAGGAGACUUUGGAGAAGGCUUGGGAGCAGGUCAACAAGGACUUUGGAUCGAUCUUCAGUAGUUUGUUGCCUGGAGCUAUGGCUAAGCUUCAGAAAUUGGAGAGCGAAAAUGUGCUGGAUGGACUCGAGGUUAAGGUAGGGUUCACCAAUGUCUGGAAAGAGUCGUUGGGGGAACUCUCCGGGGGACAGAGGUCACUUGUGGCACUCUCCCUCAUCUUGGCGAUGCUUCUAUUCAAGCCUGCACCUCUUUAUAUUCUUGAUGAAGUCGAUGCUGCCUUGGAUUUGUCACAUACUCAGAAUAUUGGAACCAUGUUGAAGAGGCAUUUCAAGACUUCGCAGUUUAUUAUUGUGUCAUUGAAGGAUGGGAUGUUUAACAAUGCUAAUGUGCUUUUUACCACGAGGUUCGUGGAUGGAAUGUCGACAAUUACGAGGGGGGAAAAGAAGAGACAGCAGGGUGGAGGACAUUAGGGGGAUUAAUGAGGGUUCUGCACUUGUUUUAGAAGUGAUUGUUUCAAAGAUGAUCGAAUAGUCUGUUUAAGGUGGAGUGAAAAAUGUCAGGAAAGCUUCUCUGAUCUCGUCUGCAUUUUUCUCUAAGAAGAUUGCUUUUUAUUCAAAUAGUUUGAUGUUUAAUCACAUGGGAUAAAACAAGCUUUUCUGCUUUGGGGCAGAAGUUUCUGGCACUUUUAUAUUUUCGAUAAGGUUGAUAUUGCGUUGAAUUUGUCGCAUACCCAGACCAUUUGAACCAUGUUGAAGAAGCGUUUCAAGAUUUUGCAGUUUGUGUGUCGUUGAAGAAUGGGAUGUUUAAUAAUGCUAAUAUGUUUUUUACUAUGAGGUUCGUGGAUGGAAUGUCGACAAUUACCAGGGGGAAAAGAAGAGACAGCAGGGCUGACAUUAGGGGAGGAUUAAUGAGGGCUUUGCAUUUGUUUUAAAAGUGACUGUGUCGAAGAUGAUUGAAUAGUUUGCGCAAGGUGGAGAGAAAAUUUUUGUCUACAUUUUUCGAUAAAAUUGGUCGUGAUUCAAAUAGUUCGACGUUUAAUAAGAUGUGAAAAAACGAGUUCUGUUAUGUUUCCAUUAUUUCAUAAUAAUUGUCAGUCAAGAAUCAAUUUCUGUUAUCAAUCUAUUUUAUUCCUCCAAACGUUUUCCAUGAUGUAAUUAUAACUGAACAAACAACAUUUUUGAUACAAUACUUAUAAUCAAUCUUAAAAAUAAAAAAACAAAACAUAAAAUCAGUAACAACAAGAAUAGCUCGUAACGAAAAACAAUAUUGUUCAAUUUUUUUUCACAAAUAAAGCAUUUUAGACUAGUGGAAAUGUAAGAUAAAGAAGAUUGAACUGCGUUGACGUGCUUUUCCUUACUGUCUAGAAUAUUGUCAUGACGACUGUUCAUUUUCAUACUUCCGUUUUUGUAAUUAUUGAUCUCAUAUUGGAACGUCCUAUGGCAUCCCAUUCGAUUUUACUGUAAAAUGGAUGGUGCUUCAUUUCUUUGAUGGUGAGACGUUCUGAUGGUUCGAAAAUUAAAAUCUGGAAAAAAUAAAUUCGAAUUAAUUUUA